UCUGACAUGUGACGGUACAGCAUGGAAGACUGCGAUUUGAGUCAGUACCGCGACAUGAUCAUCGAGGGUGACCUACCGCUCGACUUGCGACCGCCGCCGCGUCUGUAUCUACCGCACUAUCUACGUGACGACCGCGAGGAAUACCCACAGGAUGACACCUACGUAUCCGUAGACGAGGACACGCCAGAUCUACCGCCUCCGUCGAGCGAUUCUGAGAGAUACGAAGCGUCAAGCCCAAGCGAAUCGAAACCCAGUUCCCCGAAGAAGCCGAAGCAGAAGUCAUCUUCUCAACUCAUUAAGCCGCCCUAUUCUUAUAUUGCACUGAUAACGAUGGCCAUCUUGCAGUCGCCACACAAGAAGUUGACGCUGAGCGGGAUCUGUGAGUUUAUUAUGACAAGAUUUCCAUAUUACCGCGAAAAGUUUCCCGCUUGGCAAAACUCCAUCCGUCACAAUUUAAGUCUUAACGACUGUUUUAUAAAAAUCCCUCGCGAGCCCGGCAAUCCAGGGAAAGGAAAUUAUUGGACGUUGGACCCGUUGGCUGAAGACAUGUUCGACAACGGUAGUUUCUUGCGCCGUCGGAAGAGGUAUAAGCGACCAGCGCCCUCACUGCAGCACGCUCACGCGAUGGUAGCGAUGCUCGCCAGAGAGGCUUACGCUCCUCUUUUGCCCCUGCCGUGCUAUUUGCAGCCGUCACCACUGUUAACACUGCCGCGACCGCCGCCGGCGGCUCUGAGACCGGUUGCUCUACCGCCGCGUGUUCCAGAGAUGACGGAUACUCGAGUGAAAAGAUCCAGAAACGGAUUCUCAAUCGAAUCUAUAAUCGGAUCUCAGGAGAGUCACGUGUCGGAGCCUAGGCGGAGUGCCUUCUCGCCGCUGCAGCAGGGCAGCGGGCCACCGGACGACUGGGCGAGAUGAACGUUCUUUCACGGGUGCGUUUCUAAUCAGAAUCAUUUUUAGAACGUCCCGAUUGACACAGUUUUGGAUUAAAUAAGAAGGAAUUAUAAUUUUAUAAUAUGCGAGUGUUGGACGAUUUCUUAUACAUGGUCGGAGAGAGUGUCAUUUAAAUAAAACAUUUGUAAAUAUGAACUCGCGACGGGUAUAUUUUGUUAGAAGUUGUUUUGGUUGGAAUAUACUUAAUGACCAAAGCAGUUAGUUACCAGAUACGACGUAUUAUAUAAGUAUUUCUGUAAAAUCUGACUACUCAAAAUUUAUGAAGAAAUAUCAACAGCGUGUUGGAAAAGACAGCACUAAAUAAAUAUUAUGA